UGAGUUCAACUUGACGCGCGGCGAUAAAGCAUCAAAAUAUAAUUUGUGUGAUUUAACUCGUGCCGUUAAUCCACCGUCAUGGCGCCUUAAAGCAGCGGAGGAAGCCGCGGGGUUCGUGCUCGGAUGGUGACCGGAGUCAGUGCGCUGUUCUCCGCUGAGCCGUGACGCUGCGCCCCCCGAAACCCACACGGCUGCGGCCACAAUGAGCUCGGAGCACCAGGGCGCCAGCGAGGACGCCGACGAGUCGCAGGACAGGCCCGACGGCGACAAAGAGCUGAACCCCGGCGUCGACGACUCGGACGAGGAGGAGGAGGAGGAGGAUGAUGACAUCCCCCGGGAGGUGGCACCGUCUCGGCCCCGGAGCAGCGAGGAGCGACCGGAGCCACCGGAGCGAGCGGAGCGAGCCCCUUGCCCGCCGAGCACCGCGCCGCAGCCGGGGAGCAGCGGGGCGGACAGCGUGUUCUCCUGGCUGCGGAGCAGGACUAUCAGACGAGGGGUGUUUGUAGACCCAGCCAGGGACAACUUCAGGACAAUGACCAGUCUGUACUGCUCCAUGAACCCGGCGGUGGAGUCCGUCAACCUGAGCACCCAGACCCACGGAGCCGUGUUCAACCUGGAGUACUCCCCGGACGGGUCGGUGCUGACUGUGGCCUGCGAGCAGACGGAGGUCCUGCUGUUUGACCCCAUCUCCUCCAGACACAUCAAAACCCUGACGGAGGCCCACGAGGACUGUGUCAACAACAUAAGGUUUUUGGACAAUCGCUUGUUUGCCACCUGCUCCGACGACACCACUAUUGCAUUGUGGGAUCUCCGCAAGCUGAACGCAAAGGUCUGCUCUUUGCACGGCCACGCCAGCUGGGUGAAGAACAUCGAGUACGACACCAACACGCGUCUCCUCGUCACGUCUGGCUUCGACGGCAACGUCAUCACGUGGGACACUAACAGGUUUACAGAGGACGGCUGCCCGCACAAAAAGUUCUUCCACACCCGCUACCUGAUGAGGAUGCGUCUGACGCCCGACUGUUCCAAGAUGCUCAUCUCCACGUCCUCGGGGUACCUGCUCAUCCUCCACGACCUGGACCUCACUCAGUCCCUGGAGGUGGGCAGCUACCGGAUGCUGCGAGCGCGACGGACCCCCCUCACCUCCGACGGCGGCACGUCGGCGUCCAGGUCAGCUGGAACUCCUCGCCAGGGAAAUGACUCCAGCAAGAUCCACCCUCACAGAGAAGGACUUUCUCCCCGGAAUAGUCUGGAGGUGUUGACUCCAGAGAUCCCAGGAGAGAGGGACAGAGGGAACUGCAUCACCUCCCUGCAGCUCCACCCCAAAGGCUGGGCCGCGCUCAUCCGCUGCUCCAGCAACAUGGACGACCAGGAGUGGACGUGUGUGUAUGAGUUCCAGGAGGGAGCGCCCACCCGCCCGCUGGUCUCCCCCCGCUGCUCGCUCCGCCUCACCCACUACAUCGAGGAGGCCAACGUGGGGCGGGGCUACAUCAAGGAGUUGUGUUUCAGCCCGGACGGACGGCUCAUCUGCUCGCCGUACGGCUACGGCGUCCGCCUGCUUGCCUUCGACGAGCGCUGCGGCGAGCUGGUGGACUGCCUGCCCGUCCAGACCAGCUGCCUCAAAGAGAUCCGCUCCAUCUACUCGCACAGCGACGUGGUGCUCACCACCAAGUUCUCCCCGACACACUGCCAGCUGGCCUCGGGCUGCCUCAGUGGGCGCGUGGCGCUUUACCAGCCCAAGUUUUAGCCUCAGGUGCGGUCAGAGGACGAUGCACUGCAGACCUGGGUCGAGACGCUCUGAUCAGGAACUAGACCGGGAACGAUUCUGAAGAAGCAUUUAGUGUUUUCCAGGUUUGAUUAGUUUGAUAGUUGCACAAAAAAUCUGGUAAAAAUUGCACUGCCCCAAAAUAUUAUAUGUGCAGCUUCAUAUUUUCUAUGAUUUUAGACCCUUGUCGUCUAAGAUACGCAGAAAUUUGUCGUGCAAAACAUUCUGGCCUCUUCAGUAUCAUUCAGUUUAAAUUACACAUCAUCAGAGGAAUUCACAUUUUUUAACAUCUCAAAAUGUAGAAACCCGAAAUAACUAAUUUCCUGAUGUUUGUUUUUAAAAGUUCAGUGGAUCAGGUGGUGGGGGUUCUUACAAUGCAUGCGGGUAUUUCAAAUAGUGUGACACAAGAAAAGUCACUUUUCUUUGAGGCUUGAUUUGACUUUAAAACACUUACUUGAACCCUAACCCUUAAAAAACCCACCUAUCCUGAAACUAAUCUGGUUUAAGCAGAUCUCAAAUAACUAGACUCAGGUCUGCAGCUGUGGAGCAGACUCAGUUUGUUUGGAAAAGGAGAAAUUGAAGAAUAAGAAGAAGAAGACUUUGGCAGUGCCCCCCCACUGACCAGACUGCAGCAGUGGAUGGAAACAUUCAGCCUGUCUGAACUUCAAUGGGUUAAAAAGGACCAUGGGGCUUUGCAAACUACAGACUUCCAUCCAGACUGAGGAGAGGCUUCACUCUCCAAAAACUUUGACUCUCCUGAUCCUGGAAUCAUCCUGAGUCUUCUGUGGCUGUUUUUUUUCAUACAAGAGAUGAAGUUUGGUCUCUCGCGGGAGAAAACUUUGACCUGUUCCGAGACUCGGGACGUCCACGUGUUGCUGUGUCGGCAGAAAAAACACUAAGGAUGCAAACAGACGUUGAUCCAUUGAUUCCUCGCGACACAAACCAGACAACCGGCCCCUCGCGUCUGCCGCUGUCUCCGCGUCGCUCCGCUGCGGAACGCCUCGCUCUGCUCAUGCCUUCUUUUCUACAGGUGCUGCUUCUCUGCUCAUACAAUCUGAACUUAUAGGACCUCAUCGUUGUCGCCUUUCUCUCCACUUCCGACCCACCUGUACUUUUUCUCCUCCACCUCCGCCCUGUUUUUUUUCAGUUUCAUCGUGUGAAUGUUUUUACUGGUGACAUUGGUGUAACAGUGUCGGCACUGCUCAUAGCACGGUGUUGGAUUUAUUUGUAGGGUUUGUUAGAAUGGAACUUCACUUCUCAUUUCUCCUUCCACAGUUUGUGUUUUUUUUAUCUUCAGUCUGUGAAUGGAAACUUUAUGCUCUCUGGAAAACAGAAAAUCCCACCUGCUGCUCCGAUCACUAAUCUACAAUUAAAAUCCCAACAUUUUCAAGGAAAUCAGACAUUUCAAACCGCAUCUUUUUCCCAAAAGGAUUUAUUUUUGAUUUCUCAAAACCAGUCCACUGGUUCCUUUUUGGAGAACGGAAAUAUUUAUAAUCUGCUCACAAAUGUAGUUUGUCGUUUCUGGCACUGUAGCUGUAACUCAAACAAAAGUAAAUUGUGAAAUUGUUCGGGAGAAGUUACUUUAACUCAUUUUGGUUCACGGGUGAAUGUUUCAGCAGCAGGUUGGUGUUUGUUGGAUUAAGUCAAAACUAGAGACCUCUGUCAAGGCCCAAGAAUCCCCUUAUAAAACUAUAUUUACAUUUGCUAGAUCUUUAUAUUUAUGUGGAUCUGCGUGAAAUUACACCCACUUAUAAAUAUCAGUCCCCUACAAAUUAUCUUCUUUAAGAUCCAUGAAUUAUUAUCUGAGAAAUAAGUGUAAAUGUAAAGAAAUGGCCUGGAUCCGGUUCCUGAUCUGGUUUUGCACCAAACUUUAAUGGCUUCUUUCCACAUUCUGAAGUUUCACCACAAACUGUUUUUACUUAAUCCUGCAAACUUAACAAACACCAAUGAAAACCAAGCCUCCAUCUAGUUCACAGGGAAGAAGGAAAAUGUUUUGCCAGGGUUCAUGUGUUUUUAACAGUAUCACAGAUAAGAUUUGUUUGUAGAAUCAGUUCAGUUUUUUGGGUUUCGUCUUUUCACAGUUCGGGUUAAUAAUGAGAACAAAAAAGAAGAUAUUUCCAGCCUCUUCCUCAGGGGCUUGUUUAUGUUUGUUGGCAGAAGAAUCUUCUUCAGUUUAAUAUUCACAGGAUUGUUGCCAAGAAACGACUCGUUUUCAGACGUCAAACCUCGAGUGUUGAUUCCUCAUCAUCAGUAUUUGGUUCCUUUCCUCUCAUCUCUUCCAUCCUCGCGUCAUAAAUGCUUCGUUUUCUUUCUUCUCUAAGUAGGGAGCGGUUCCCCUCGACUGUUUAACCACUGUUGAUGCUUUGUGUGUGAAACCUGUGUAGUAUAUCUGCUGUAAGAACCAAGCACAUGUGUGGGUGUGUGAUGUAAACUGGCUGCAGUGCAAAGCGACUGCAGAGUAGAUCAAUAUGUGCUGUUGUGUGACCAAUAGAUAAGAGUGUACUACUAUGCAGACCGGCCUUUAUGAAGAUUCAACUUUCUUAUUUAUGUGAGCGUGUCGCUCCGCGUGUGCAGCUGUCAGAUGCCAAAAUGUGUUUUGCGUGGACGGUCUCCUGCAGUGAACUGAACGUACACAUCUGCUCUUAUUGGGUUUUAAAAAUAUUUCUUUACAUGUUGCAAAAGCUUCAACUUAAAAAAACAAAGAUGUUUGACUUCUUGGGGAAAUGAGCCGAUUGUCUUUUCCUGUGGGAGAGUGAGGAGAGAACGUUGCUUUCACCGUUCAGUUUAGUUACGCGUGCAUGAACGCUUGAGGCCAUUUGACAGCAGAGGCUGAAGUGAGAGGUUUAAGAGAAGUGGAAUUAACGCAGCUUUAUAUCUGCAUCGUCUGAUAGAUGCUGUUUACCUACAGUGAUUUGGCCUCUUCGGUAUCAUUUUGAUCAAAACCAUCCAGAAAUGAACAACACUCAAAAUGUGGGAACGUUUGAAAACACCCGGACCCGGAGUUUACAGCUCGAUAAAGUGUGAACACAUGAGGCCGUUUGAAGUUCGCAGGCUGAUGUGAGAGGUUCUUCCUGCUCGUGGUUAAAUUCAUGUGACCUGAACGCAGCUUAUAAGACUUCAUCAUCUAACAGAUGCAGAUAUAUGUUGUAAAACUGGUGUUUAUCUGCAGCGAUGUGGCCUCUGCAGUAUCAUUUAGUUUAUAUGAAUCAAAACCAUCCAAAGCUCAAAAUGUAGGAAACUUUAAUAACAUUUUCUGGCAUUAGUUUAAAAGUGAUCACUGAACUAGACGGGUGGGAUUUACAUGCAGAUAUUUCAAAUAGUGUGAGAUGAGUAUUAAAAUCUGAGGUUUAAAUUAGCUGCAGCCCUCAGUCAGGCUGUGAUGAACCCAUCUGGUAAUAAAGGGAUGAAAUGACUCUAAAAUAAUCAUUUCAAGCACCUGAAGCCUGAAGUCUGCAGCUGUGAAGCAGACUGGGUUUGAAAUAGAAAAAUCCACGAGACUUUAAAGCUCGAUAAAGUGUUUGAUGUGAGAGGUUCACGUCCCUGAACACAGCUUUUUACAGACGUCAUCAUCUCAUAUAUGCAGAUCUUUGUUGUGCCAAACUGGUUUAAAGGUCAUUUAGUAUCAAAUAUUCAAAACCAUCAGAGGAAAUUACCUUUGUUUAACGUCAAAUAGUAUAAAGCUUAAAAAACAUUUCCUGGCAUUUGUUUUAAAGUGCUCGGUGAACCAGAUUUACACGAUGCAGAUAUUUCACAUCAAGUUCCACACAUCUCGCCUACAGGUCAGUGUUCUCUGAGGUUUUUUAAGUAUUGUGAUUUUCCUGAAACCCUCAGACAGACUGUGAAAACCCAUCUGGAAGCUAAAAGGGAUAAAGUAAAUUAUAAAAAACCCAAUUUCAACCACCUCUGGAGUCAAGUCAAGUAAUUUCCCGCUCACAGUUUUAAGGAUGUGACCUGAACGCAGCUUCGUAGACGUCAACGCUCUCGACCGACUCUCUGACAGAAACUAUCACAGGUUGAAUUUCCAAACUAUGUGAAGAGUAUAAUGAAGUUCUUAAGAAAUGAUUUGUGGAUUUGAGGUGAAAAGAUGAAACACAGGUGUAACUCAGCCACAUCAUUGUGUGUGUGUGUGUGUGUGUGUGUGUGUGUGUGUGUGUGUGUGUGUGUGUGUGUGUGUGUGUGUGAGUGUGUGUGUGUGUGUGUGUGUGUGUGUGUGUGUGUGUGUGUGUGUGUGUGUGUGUGUGUGUGUGUGUGUGAGAGAGAGGAAGGAGGCGUUUGAACACUUUGUACCUCAGUGCUCAUGAUGUUUGUGUUUCACCCUCAGCUCCGUCAAUCAGGGACUUUUCUCUUCCCUGAUUUCAUAAAUAAUCUACACUUACAGUGACAGUCGUCGAGCUGAAGGUCAAACGAGUCUCCAGGCUGAACAUAAACUCAAAAGCUCUUCAGACAGAAGUGUCUUAUCUGCUAUUUUCACUUCAGGUGGAGAAACAAAGGGAUUCAGUUUGUUCUGUUUCCUUCUCGUUUCCUUGUCUCCUCUGAGUUUUGACCUGUUGAUUGAAUGUUCUCUGUCGUUCUGUACCUGUGCACCGUCGCCUCCCAGCUGAGCAGGUGGAGGCGGAACGAGACACAAACACAUUGUUGAGUUGCUCGCACUGUUGUUUCCCUUCCUGGCUUCAAACGGCAAGUUAUCCCCACAAUGGUACUUCUCACAGAAAUUAAAGGUUGGCUUCUUUUGCACUGCG